AUGGACUCUCCUUACGGUCCUGACUCUUCUGGUGGUCCAGAUCCUCUUGAGGGUCUGGACACCCAUGAUGGUCUGGACACUUGUGAUGGUCCAGAUACGACCACUGUUUCAGAUAAUGCUGAUAGUCCGGACAGCCCUGAUGGUACAGACACUUCUGAUGGUCCACAUAAUCCUGAUGGUCCAGACAUUCCUGAUGGUCCAGACACUCCUGAUGGUGCGGAUAUUCCUGUUGGUUCAGAUAAUCCUCAUGAUCCGGACACUCCCGAUGGUCCAGACACUCCUUACAGUCUGGGCACUUCCGAUGAUCCUGAUCCCUCUGAUGUUCCUGAUACUUCUGAGGGGCCCAGUACUCCUGUUGGUCCCAUAACUUCUGAUGGUUGCAGUACUUCUGAGAGUCCCCGUGUUUCUCAUGGUCCCAAUGCUCAGGAUGGUCCUGAAUCUCCUGCUCCUCUUGCUGCCCUUCUGGAUCGUGCUAUUUCUGAGGAAGCUGAGGUUCCUGCCCCUCUUUCUGUUCCUGCUGAUGGUCCCCCAUCUCCUAAUGCUGCUGACUAUGAUGAUGAAGAACAUGCUCUACAAGUUGCUAAAGUCGUUCCCGCUAAGGAGAAAAAUGAUAAAAAUGAAAGUGCCUGUCCUUUGGAGAAAGUAAACAAACGUGAAAUUACAAAAAGUCCAUUGAACGAAUUGGUGAGAACAUCAACACCUAAGACAUCUACUGCAGAAAUGGACACAUUGAUGGAAGUGAACGUUCAUCGCUUGUCAGGUGAAGUCCAGCACACAGGGAGCAGGCUUAAUGAUGGAGCUAGGGAAUCAAGCCAAGACGGCACGCUUUGUGAACAAGCUACUUUAGCUUCUGAAACACCUCCCAAAUCUAGUCAACUGUCAGAUUGGAACGUAAUGAUCAAGCAUUUUCAUACAAAUGCCUCAGGUGACUGCAUUUUAUGGAGUAGUAUGCAAAAGCAGUAUCUUAAUGGAAUUCAACAUGCAAAUGAUGUGCUGACAUGA